AUGCUGGCUGCCCCAUUUGCUGGCUGCCCUGUUGUUGCUGUACUGCCACUGCACGGCAGUUGUGCCCCUGGCCCCUGUGCUUGUGUCGGUGCCAACUUGAUUGUUCUUUUCUUCUCUUUGUGUGUGCGUCUCUCUCUCUCUCUCUCUCUCUCUCUCUCUCUCUCUCUCUCUCUCUCUCUCUCUCUCUCUCUCUCUCUCUGUGCAUCUGUCUGCCUCUCCUCCUUUCUCCGCUCGCUCAAGUGUCCCUGUUUGACCCUUUUCACCUUGACUAUGGCCAAUCGUCUCACUCCCGACUGGCUGCGCCAGGGUGGGAGCGGGCCGCCAACUCGCGCCACGCGCACGAGCAGUGCCCCUUCAGCUCGCCGCAACACCCAUGCCAUCUCGCGCGACGAACUCCUGCGUCGCUACCCCACCAACCCCGUCAUGCCCUGCUCUCUGGAAGCCUUUCGCCAAAUUAUUACCGAUCAACCCCAGCGUCCACGUAGCUACGACCCCAUCACCGAGGCCGAACGCGUGAGUCCGCUUCUUCAACCCAAAUUGUCUUCCUCCUACUCGACAAUGUUGCCAUUCACCCAUCUUCUCAUCCUCUCUAGCACGAAAACUCAAAGGGCAUUGGCCAAGUUCGAGUGCCCUUUGGUCGUGGACGAGGUUCUGAACGUGGUCCUCUACCCGUGGGUCGAAGCAGCACACGCUUUAUCCCUCGCCACUCUGCUAGCGGACCUGGUGAUGUCGAGCAUCAACCUCGACCCCACCGUCAGCUCCCGCUACGACGAUCGCUCCGCCUUUGAUGCUGAUCUUUGGGAUGAUGUCAAUGAACAGGGUGAUUUUGAUGCCAAUGGUAAUUUCCGACCCACUCGUGCCCAAGAGGCUGAGCGUGCGGCUGCCGGCGCUCCGGCACCCCCACCCGGCCUUCGGCCCUCAGCUCCCACUCUGAGCCUACAGGAUGUCAAGUGGGUUUACCUUGAUGAUCAAUUCCAAAAGCAAGGACCGUUUGAAGGCGCGCGCAUGCAAGACUGGUUCAACAACAACUACCUGCGCGACGACCUCAUCUUGCAACGCGAGAGCGACACAAUGUACACCACCCUGGGUGCUAUCCGCGACAUCUCCGACGCUCACAAAACGAAUCCUUUUAGUCUGCCCGUGCCCGACACUCUUUUCAACAUGCCCGACCCCAAUAUCAACGAAGCCAAACGCCUUGAGCAGGAACGCCUCGAGCAACAGGAACGCCUGCAACAGGAACGUCUCGAACAAGAGCGCCUCGAUCGGGAGCGUCAGGCUACGGCUGCCGCCGAGGCGGCCGCCCGGGAAGAGGCUGAACGCGAACGCAAGCGCCUGGUUGAGCAAGAGCAGCAGCGCCUGGUUGAGCAAGAGCGUCUCCAAAAGCAACUCGAACAGCAGCGUGCUGAGCAAGCUUGGGCGGAGCAGGAGCGUGCUCGCGUGGACCGUGAAGAUCUCGAGCGUGAACGCAUUCGCGCCGAGCAGGAGGCCAAGGCCAAGGCCGCUGCUGCGGCUCAGGCUGCUGCCGUCAACAUUCGCCCCAUGGGCGGUGACUCACCCAAUCUCAUGCCAAUGGAUCCGGCCCAAGCAGUGUUGCGCGAGCGACUUAGUAUUCUUGAGCAGCAGAAAACCCAGCUGGCCAGUGAACGUCAGGAGCUUCAUCGCCUCGCCGGUCAAUACCAGGAGCGCAUGGGAAUGUUGAAGAACAUGUACCACCAGGUGCGCGCGCAUCUGGAAGCGGCUCAGGCCCGUCAGGAUGCCAAUGAAAUCCAGCAACUCCACGAACGCGCCACCCAAAUCAGCGAGCAGGCCAAUCAAAUCCGCUCCCAAUACACCCAACUGCAGGAGCGCGACGACAACAUUCUUCAACGCUCCCGUCAACUUGAGGAAGAGGAGGCCCGUUUGCGCAUGGGCACGGUGUCAUUGCCCUCAUCGGCAGCUCCGGCUCGCACCCCAAGCCCCGAGCCCCCAGCUUCAGCCCCAGUUGGCGUUUCUGAUUCAAAGUCGACUGCUCCGGUUGGUCAGAACCCGGGCGAAGCGGCCGCUGCAGGCGAGCCGACUGAGAAGAAGGCAGGUGGCAAGUCUGGCCCCGCCAAGGGCAAGGAUAAGGAUGCCAAGGUGGCCGCCAAGGGUAAAGACAAGGAUGCCAAGUCCACUAAGACCAAGGCCAAGGCCAAGGUUGAGAAGGAGGAGGCUAAGAGCAGUGCUUCUGCGUCCAAGUCCAAGUUCUCGCUCUUGGAUAUUCAAGCCGAGCAGAUGGAGGCCUCGCGCCAGGAGCAGGAGCUUCGCGCAAAGGAAGAGGCCGAGCGUCGUGCUCAGGAUGCCUUGGUCAAGACUGUGUCCUCCAAAACCACGCCUACAAAGGCCCGACACUCCAGCUGGGGGGCUCCCCCCACUCCCUCUUCCGCGGCCAGCCUUCGCGACAUUGAGGAGCAGGAACAGCGUCGUCUGGCUGAGCGCCGCAAACAAGAGGAUGUCAUUACGCAACAACACAUUGCGGCUCGCAAUGCCGCUCUUGCCUCAGCGGCCAGCCAGCAAGCCACUUUGCCCAAAGGUGGUUGGGCCUCAAACCCUGGUUCCGCACCUUCUUCCCCUGCAGCCUUCAACACCAAGCCCAAGUCGUUGGCCGAAAUUGCCGAGGAGGAAGAAGCUGCCCUCCGCAAGCGUCAAGCGCAAGAGCAAAAGCGUAUGCAGCAGCUGCAACAGCAGCAGCAAGCGGUGGCAGCGGCCACGCCUCGCUCUCCGGCUCCAGCCAAGCUCCCUCCGUCCUCUGGAUGGGCUCAAAAGGCUUCCGCUGGUGGCUCACGCGCCUGGGGAGGUGCUGCCCCUGUGGCCACAACUGCUCGUCCCGCGGCCGCUAGUGCCGCGGCACCCAAGAAGGCCGUUAAGGUGCAUAAGGAUGACGCAGAUUCCUUCUGGAUGUCUGCUGGCCAAGACUCGGCCGCAACGAGUGGCAAACCCAAGGGCUCCAAGUCGUCAGCGGCUCCUGUGGCUGCCGGCAUGCAGGUUGGCACAAGUUUGGCCCAGGUCCAGCCCUCUUUUUUGGCUUGGUGCAAGAAGGAGCUUGUCAAGAUUGUCAACACGGAGGUGGAUCCGGAGACCUUUGUAUCCUUCCUCCUAGAUAUCGGCUCAACAUCCGAGGUGAUUGAUUAUCUGUCGGAAAUGUCGAGCAAGCCCGACCAAGUUCGCAAGUUUGCCCAUGAGUUCAUGAAGAACCGUGUGUCCGCCAUGAGCGGCACCGUCGCCAAGGGCAUUGUCAAGCCCAAGCCGCCCAUGGACGACAGCUGGGAGCAGCAGGCCAAGGCUAAGAAGAAAACCAAGAAGAAAAAGCAGUUCCAGAAGCUUGACAACAGCCUGCUUGGCUACAACGUGACGGCCGGCUCCGCCCCCAACCGUGGCGAGAUUGACUUUGACUACAAGUAAAUGCUGCUAUGGCAUGCUGUAUGGCCGGUUGUGUGCAGAUCAAUCAUU